AUGGUUAAUGAGAAGAGGAGCAAGAGUCAGCAAGGUCGUGGCAGGCCUUAUGAUGCUCCUAGUGGCAAGGGUAAGCAGAGGGCUUAUGAGGGCAAGAAGACUAGUGGGGGAGAUGCUCCUGCUGGUAUUGUAUGCUUUAAGUGUGGAAAAGUCAGUCAUAAGAGCAAUGUGUGUACUGCUGAUGCGAUGAGGUGUUUCCGUUAUGGACAACCUGGUCAUGCCGCACCUGAGUGCAAGCGUAAGGAUGUGGUGUGUUUCAACUGUGGUGAAGAGGGACACGUUAGUACCAAGUCUGCUAAUUGUGUUGAGAGGUUGACGUUGGCUCUGAUUUUGAUAUUGCCUAAUCCAGAGGAUUCGUUUGUGGUUUAUUAUGACGCUUCUAUGAUGGGGUUAGGUGGUGUGCUCAUGCAGAAUGAUAAGGUUGUUGCUUAUGCGUCAAGGCAAUUGAGGGUUCACGAGAAGAACUAUCCUACACAUGAUUUGGAGCUUGCUGCUGUUAUGUUUGUGUUGAAGAUUUAG